GGCGAAUACCCGAGCCGUGGCGGAAUAGUUGCCGGUAAAAUUUCGCGGGACAUGAGAGGCCAGCUCAGAACGAUAAUCUUGGCGACGUGUUUGGCGGCCUGCGCGGCGACCUGUCGUCCGGGAUUGAACGCACGAGAAGAUUGGUACCAGUGCGAGGGAUUAAGCGAUUUAAACUUGCAGAUACCAGUCGGAGCCGCGGGGAUCAACAUCAUCAACUCGAACAUCAGCAAGAUAAAGGCUAACGCGUUGUCCAAAUACGCGGACUCGCUGACAGAGCUGAACAUAACCGGCUGCGGGGUGGAGGAGAUCGAGCCGGAUGCUUUCAAGGGUCUUAAUAAAUUGCAAGUGCUGGGCCUGGUGAACAAUAAGAUCCGAAAGAUCGACGCCUCCUGGAUCAAGGGAUUACCGAAUCUGCAAGCUCUAAUCCUGUGGCGUAAUCGGAUCGUGGAUAUAGAUCCGGAAAUUUACGAUCUCCUGCCGGAGCUGCGCGUCUGGGACAUAGCCUACAACGAGCUGAACGCGUGUCUCUCGCCGGACCUGCUCAAGAAGCUGAAGAAGCUUCGAAGAAUCUUAAUCGCCGGCAAUCCCUGGUCCUAUAAGUGCCGCUCCUCCAUGACCUGGUACCUGGGUAGCAAUCACAUCCGUUUCAUCAAGGACUGGAGCAUCAGCGACCUGCUGAUCGAGGAGUGCAUGGCCCACGAGCCUGGUGCCGAGGAAGACGACGCCAUUUUGAACAAAUGCGUCGACAGGAAGAUCGGUUCCUCGGAUACGUUGCCGUACAGCGUGGCUAGCUUGAACGAGCAGGUUCGAGAACUGACCCAGAAGGUCUCUAGCCUGCAAACCGACGUGGCUAUGCUGAAGAAGGCCAAGAUGUAAUUGUACCAUUGCUUGGUCUCGACACUUCCCGCGGGAUGGGUAGACUAUGACGACUGAAAACACUAUUGCAGUUAGGAUUUUUUACUCUAUCAUGUUUAUUCCAUGCUUCCUGGGACAGUUUAGGUAUAGAUUUUGGGAGAAAGGGACUAUUCGGUUGAUGCAAAAGUCGCGUGUAUUACCAAGAUUGAUGUGACCUCUCAGGAUCCGCAAAGAGAAACAGAGGGAAAGAAAGCUUGUUGCGAAUUAACAAUCUUUAGAAUAUAGGAAAUAGGGAAUAAUUCAUAGAAAUUCAUCAUCACCGUCGUGAAUAGUAAAGAAUCUUUACAAUCUUUGCAUUAAUUUAGUUCACUCAGCGCAGAAAGGAUCAGGUAUAUCAUAAUCAACGAAGGUAUACAGAGUUGGCAAAGAAGACUGUUGCAUGUAUACAAAAAUCGCGCAAAUUUUUCCCCGCAUAUUCCGAAGGCCAGUUUGGCCUUCAGAGAUCAACAAAGAAGAGGUCAACCAUCUGACCACGCGAAUAAUAUUGUCACGAACAGUAAACAACCUGCGCGAUUUUGUCAUCGACGAGAAAGUCAGCCAUCACCGCGUAAAGCCUCGAGACCAGUCCUCGCGUCCAGCAGCCUACUCUCCCAAUACGCGAAUCUUUCGAAACGCUUCAAAUGUAAUCACCAGCAUGUAUCUCAUUGUCAGUCGAAACUCGGACGGCUUUUCCAUAUUAAUAAACAGCCUUGGCAGAACGAAGAUCCUUGCCGGAUACGCGUGGUUCCAUUAAUAACCCGAUCGCAUCGAGCGAGGGUCGACUCUUGAUGGACACUGCUUGCGAUGCAGUCCUUGCACAUCUCCGUGAGUCUGUGCGAGAAAAAGCGGCGGAAAAGCGGCGGGUUCUGCGACAAGCAUUGCGUAUCGGGCCGGAGGACCGUUAAUAUCUAAAGACCUAAAUCACAAUGGCACGUCAUACGUGCGAACCCCGUUAAAUCACGACGCGUCUAGUAGCUGAUCCACGGAUCUCUGGCCGAUUCUCUCUGGGACAAGAACAUUCCGACUACGGUUAGCCGCCAUUCAUCACGCGGCGGCGGCGUCGGCGUCGGUUAAAAAAUGCGUAUCGUACACGCGGACGGAUCACGCUCGCGCACGCUCGUGAGAUCUUUGACGCGGUUUCCGCGGUCAUUAAUAAUGCCGCUGGAGGCGGCGAGCCGCGCGAAAAAAUAGCGGACCCUUGGGGACGGGAGGAGGGCGAGCGAGCGCCAGAACAGAGGAUAUAUCAGGCCAGCUGCGAAACCGGCAGCGGCAGACAGUUCCGGCGCGAUGUGUGUGCAACUGUCCGUUGCAAACGGUGCUUAAGCGUUUAGCCUGCUGCCGCGCAGCGCCGCCGACGUGCGCGCCGAUAAGUGCGCCCCGUAUCGGCUGCGACUCGCUAACGAGACCCACGUCGCGAAUCUCCUCGCCAAUCUCGCCGCAACCAUCUCGCUUUCUUU